AUGCCUGCCCGCCUCCCGCAAAGGUGCUUCAGGUGCAACGGAGCAGAAACAGCGUAUACGGGUCCCCUGUUGGAGGAGGAAGCCCUGAACAAAGCAGCAGAAAAUGGAUUGUCUUCACCAGAAUUUUUUGAGCUGUGUGUUUGGUUAGGUUCCCAAAUAAAGUCACUUUCUAAUAUGGAAGAAAGCAUCACUUCAACAGAUGGUGAUAAAGAUAUAGAGAGCUUCCAGCUUGAGAUUAGUGGUUUCCUGAGAGAAAUGGCUUGUAAGUAUUCAUCGCUUGUAUCUGGAGACAUCAAGGACAGGUUAAGAGAGAAAGAUGAUUGUCUUAAACUCCUCUUAUUUCUAAGUACAGAACUUCAGGCUUUAAAGAUACUGGACAACAAGAAAACGAAAGGCUCUCAUUUGGAAAAGCACAAUGAAAUUUAUCAGGAAGUGCAAGCUAUUUGUGAUGCACUGGGCCUGCCAAACUCCUCAUCUUCUGAUAUUCCUCCCUUGUUAACCAAUGUGGAACAGAAGAUAAAGGACAUUCUCUCAAAAGUUCAAAAUAACCAUGUGGGGAAAUCGCUGCUAACAAAACCUCUGGAUUCUGACCAAGUGGAAAGAUUGGAAAAAAUCAAUGAAGCUCUUCGCAGUGAGUACGAGUGUCGCCGGCGUAUGUUGAUGAAGAGGCUGGAUGUGACAGUACAAUCUUUUGGCUGGUCUGAUAGAGCGAAGGUAAAAACAGAUGACAUAGCACGAAUCUAUCAGCCCAAGCGCUAUGUGUUAUCUCCAAAGUCAACUAUUACGUUAGCUCACCUUCUUGCCGCUCGAGAAGAUUUAUCGAAGAUCAUAAGAACAAGCAGCGGAUCAACACGGGAAAAUACAGUCUGUGCCAUCAACAAGGUUCUGAUGGGGAGAGUUCCUGACCGUGGAGGCAGACCAACAGAGAUUGAACCACCUCCUCCCGAAAUGCCUCCUUGGCAAAAAAGACAAGAAGGUGGUGGAAGAGGAGGUGGUGGAAGAGGUGGAGGUGGCUUCCAAGGUGGCAGGGGAGAUUAUGGUGGCAGGGGAGGUUAUGGUGGCAGAGGAGGCUAUGGGGAUCCAUAUGGUGGAAGAGGAGGGGGAGGAUACCGAAGAUACUAA